AUGAUGAGACACGUGACUGUCGUUGUGCUGCUCACGUGUGCAGGAGCAGGCGUGGUGGUGGAGGCCGCUGGUCCAGGCUGUCCUCCAUCAGCGGACGGCGGACGCUACGACUACAAGGAGGCGCUGUGCAUGAGCUUCUUGUUCUACGAAGCGCAGCGGUCAGGCGCCCUGCCGCCAGACCAACGCGUCACGUGGCGCCAUGACUCAGCACUUUCUGACGGCCUGGACAACGGCAUAGACCUCACAGGAGGAUAUUAUGAUGCGGGCGACCACGUCAAGUUCAACUUCCCGAUGGCGUUCGUGAUGACCGCCUUGUCGUGGGGGCUUCUGUCCUACAGGGAGGGCUACGAGGCUGCCGGACAGGUGGCGCACGCAGAGGCUGCAAUCAAAUGGACAGUUGACUACUUCUUGAAAUGUCACAGCGAAAGCAAUACUUUGUGGGGCCAAGUUGGAGAUGGUUAUCUGGACCACGCGUGGUGGGGCAGACCAGAGGAAAUGCCCAUGGAGCGACCGUCGUGGAAAAUUGACACAACUGCUCCAGGAUCUGAACUUGCAGGAGAAACAGCCGCGGGUUUCGCUGCUGCAUCUUUAGUGUUUAGAGAAUCUGACCCAGCCUUAGCCGACGACCUGGUGAGGAGGGCGCGAGAGCUCUUCGAUUUCGCCGACCAGUACCGGGCGAUGUAUCACGAGUCCAUCCCCAAUGCAGUGGACUUCUAUAAGUCAUGGAGUGGUUACGGAGACGACCUGGUGUGGUCAGCCUGUUGGCUGUACAAGGUAACCGGGGAGCAGUUCUACGCUGACAAGGCCAAAGAGUUCUGGGCGGAGUUCAAUACGGCAACGCGCGGCACUGAAGGCUUCGGAAGUGAUAACAAGAACGCCGGAGAUCAGGUUUUGUUCGUGGAACUCUUUGGUGACGAGGAGUACGUGCAAGUCCUGACGGAGACGCUGAGGGCGUACCGCAACAUGCCGCACACACCGGGAGGCAUGCUCUACCUCAGCCAGUGGGGGUCUCUUGUUGGCGCCACGCAUACCGCCUUCAUCGCACUAAAGGCCGCUGACCUCGGAAUUGAGCCUGAAGUCAACAGGGCGUGGGCCGAGCAACAGAUCAACUACGCGCUUGGGUCCUCCGGCCGAUCAUACCUCAUCGGUUACGGCGACAAUUACCCGCUAAGGCCUCACCACAGGGGCAGCUCGUGCCCUAACUUGCCUGAAGUUUGCGACGACGGUUGGGCCUUGAACCAGCCUGGGCCAAACCCUCAACUUCUCUACGGCGCCCUAGUGGGAGGACCUGACAUGAGCGACGGCUACACGGACGAGCGCAGCGACUACGUCCACAACGAGGUCGCGGUGGGUUACAACACGGGCCUCACGGCCUCCCUCGCUGCCCUCAUCUCCCUCGCCCAGGGCUGAUGUUAUAUCAGUUAAACUGACUGAUUUAAAUGGAGACGAAAAAUGUUUUCAUGUUUUAUGGGUUUCAACUGUAAUUAAAGUUUUUGUGUUGUAGGCAUUGGGAAUAUGCUAGUGUCGAUGUUUACUUGAAAUUUGAUGCAGCAGCAGAAUUUUACUAAUAGUAUCAAAUUACAACCGUUUUUGCUAAUAUAGUUAUAAUCUAGAGGAUUCUGAACAAAUCUUCAAAUUCUGUCAAAACAAUAUUAUUAAUUUUGACACGAAAACUUUGACUUCUCUUCGGUGCCGCACUGAAAUGCUUUUUUCACCUUAAACUUGAUCCCACACAUUUAUAACGAAUAAAAUUUGUUUUGAUGUAAA